AUGGCAUCGGACAUACCAGGCUCAGUGACAUUGCCAGUGGCACCCAUGGCCACUGGUCAAGUGAGAAUGGCAGGAUCUGUGCCUGCCAGAGGGGGAAAGAGGCGUUCUGGAAUGGACUUUGACGAUGAAGAUGGGGAAGGACCCAGCAAAUUUUCAAGGGAGAACCAUAGUGAGAUCGAGAGACGCAGGAGGAACAAGAUGACCCAGUACAUCACCGAGCUCUCUGACAUGGUGCCCACCUGCAGCGCCUUGGCGCGCAAACCCGACAAGCUGACCAUCCUACGCAUGGCAGUGUCUCACAUGAAGUCCAUGAGGGGCACUGGGAACAAAUCUACCGAUGGAGCAUAUAAGCCUUCUUUCCUAACCGAGCAGGAAUUGAAGCACCUUAUCCUAGAGGCGGCUGAUGGUUUUCUCUUCGUGGUGGCUGCGGAAACAGGCCGGGUGAUCUACGUCUCGGAUUCGGUUACGCCCGUCCUGAACCAGCCCCAGUCGGAGUGGUUCGGCAGCACCCUCUAUGAGCAGGUUCACCCGGAUGACGUUGAAAAGCUGAGGGAGCAGCUCUGUACCUCUGAAAACUCCAUGACGGGGAGGAUUUUGGAUUUGAAAACUGGCACAGUAAAGAAGGAAGGUCAACAGUCUUCAAUGAGAAUGUGCAUGGGAUCCAGGCGUUCCUUCAUAUGCAGAAUGAGAUGUGGAAAUGCUCCAUUGGAUCAUUUACCUCUGAACAGGAUAACAACCAUGAGGAAAAGAUACAGAAACGGCCUGGGCCCAGUGAAGGAAGGAGAGGCACAAUAUGCUGUGGUACACUGCACUGGAUACAUCAAGGCAUGGCCGCCAGCAGGUAAAAUAGAUAAAGCAGAGUAUAAAACCUUCCGUAUGGAUAUUUUUGCUUUGAAUUGUUUCCAGGAGUGA